UCAUAAAUUAAAAAAAUAAAAGCCUCCAUCUAAUCAUAAAUUCAACUGCUUAAAUUUCUGGAAACAGAUAAUGAUGAUCAGAAUUCCGCAUCGAUAAUCGGCGGAAUUUUGGUUCUGCAAAUGAAGGAGAAACAAUUUUCCGGCCCUCAAUUCCAGUCGCAGAGCUCCAAAUCCCGGACUGGUCAGCUUUCCGGUGCCCUAAACAAGCGGAAUCCAGAAUCUGAAGUAUCGUACAACUAUGUGAAAGCCGCUGUCAAGCGAGUUUCCGGAUUCUUCAAAUCAAUUUUUGUCGGUCGGAAGAAGGUUAUUGCGGAUCGUUCGGUGAUCGGCGCCAGAGAAACUAACAAUUCUCGCAGAGAACACUCCUCUUAUUCCACGGGAAGCUACGGUAGGAGUUCGUCGCCUUUCAAAUCUUGUGGUUCGUAUGGUUCGUACGGUUCCUCCUCUAGCAUUCCAAGCGAGUUGUUCGCAUCUGCGGGUUUCUCCAUUGAAGAAAUUUACAAGGCGACGGAUAAUUUCUCUGCUGCGAAUGUAAUUGGGGCCGGAGCAUUUGGAACGGUGUAUAAAGGGAAGCUCAAAGACGGGUCUCUUGUUGCCGUGAAGCGAGCCAAAAGGAAUGUGCACGAGAAGCGUCUGCAGACGGAGUUCAGGAAUGAGAUUCAAACUUUGUCAAGGAUCGAGCAUUUGAAUUUGGUCCGUCUGUAUGGCUAUCUGGAGCAAGGAGAUGAGAGGAUCAUUAUUGUCGAAUACGUUGGGAAUGGAAAUCUUCGGGAACAUCUCGAUGGCAAGCGAGGAGCCGGCCUUGAGAUUGCAGAGCGGCUGGACAUUGCUAUUGACGUUGCUCAUGCUAUCACCUACCUUCACAUGUACAAUGAUGCUCCAAUAAUCCAUAGAGAUAUAAAAGCCUCAAACAUCCUAAUCACGGAGAAACUACGGGCAAAAGUGGCAGAUUUUGGGUUUGCGCGCCUGGUUGCAGAAGAUUCUAAUGUUACACACAUCUCAACACAAGUUAAAGGAACAGCAGGAUACUUGGAUCCUGAAUACCUACGGACUUAUCAGCUCACCGAGAAGAGCGAUGUAUACUCCUUCGGUGUGUUGCUUGUAGAGCUUAUGACAGGAAGACACCCAAUUGAAACAAAAAGGGAGAUCAAAGAAAGAGUAACUAUUAGAUGGGCAUUGCAGAAGCUUAAAGAAGGAGAAGCUGUGAUCGCCAUGGACCCUAGACUGAGGAGGACUUCUGCAUCCACAGUGGCCAUGGAGAGCAUACUCAAAUUGGCUCGUCGCUGCCUCGAUCCUUUGAGACCAUCCCGACCAUCCAUGAAAGACUGCAGCGAGAAGUUAUGGGGAAUUCGGAAGGAAUACAGAGACAGAUUAUUAUCAUCUUCCUGCUCAGCGCUUCAUUCAGCCGAGUUUCCAGUUCAAGAUGCAAAAAAGAACCUUUAUGUUGCUUUUGGCAUUAAAGAGGACGAAGAUUUGUACAGUAAAUUCAUUUCUGCGUAAGUUACCAACUUGUGGGCAUUCCUCUGGAGGGGUGAAAUUCUUCUCUUUUACCUCUUUCUGCAGUAUAUUAGCAGCAGUUCCCAUAAUCAAUUUUUAUUGUAGUGUAAUGUAAUGAAAAUGAUACUGAAUUCAAUAUCAAUUCUAUAGUUUCAAAA